GAAAAAAGGGCUUGCAUAUAGUUGAGUGGUAGUAAUGAAAUAGACAGGGUAAAAGAUGAUCUGUUAUCUAAAUAUAUAAAAAGGUUAAUCUACAAGUGUAUUUAAACGGCUAUUUAUAUAUAAUUUGCAUAAAAAAUAAAUCAGACCAACUAUCUUUUCUUUCUUCUUCUUCUGCUACUUUAACUUCUUCUACUAAUUCAACUUCACCUUCUUCUUCUACCUUUAUUUAAAAUAACAAAUAUGUUUAAUUCUUCUUAUUAUUCUACUGCUUCAGUAAAUCAUCCUUAUUUUGGCUCUAAAGAACAAGUUCAAACACAUGUCGGUAGUUAUACUCCCUUUAAAUAUGAGGAACAAGAAAAGACUCCAAACGAAUUCAUUUAUAUUAAGAAAGAUUUACCAUCGCCCUUUCCUAGAGAUGUAUUGUAUCAUCCCUUUACUAGUUUAGAGUGUAAUUGUCAUUAUCAUUCAAAUCAUGGUAUUUAUUCUUAUCAUCGUCAACAAGAAGAAGUCUCUUACCAAGAUAAGAAUUCUUAUUAUUCAACACCCAUCAGUCGAACACACCUUUAUUCACGACAAGAGUCUGAAGCUUUACCUAUGUUUGGACCUUUAUUAUUAAGAUCAGAAAGAAUGGAACCUUCUUCAUCUUCUAACUCUGUUGCUUACUCUACCUUGCCUUCCCUUCAAUACCCAGCAGCAAGUUAUAUUGAUCCUAUCGAAAAUAAUCCUCUUUUAUUGCAAGAGUUUUUAGAAUCCCUUAGUGAAUUUCAAGAGGAAAAUACAUCUGAAUCUUCAUUAUCAUCGCCACCUUUAGUCUGUUAUUCUCCUUCAUCUGAUGAUCAUCCUUAUUUAGACCAACAAAAAAUGAUUCAUGAUGAAAAUCAUCAACAAGUAUUUUCUAAUGAUAAAUCUCGUGGUGGUAACAAGAAAAAGACGACUAAUAAAAAAUGAGUGGUAAACAAAGAACAGAAAAGCGUUCUCGUGUCCAUCGCGAGAAAGUAGUCAGUAUCACAUGUCCAUUGAAUAAGAAUAAAAAGAAGUCUGUUAGUUCUACAGUAAUAGAUCAAGAAGAAAAAAAGUUUCAAUGUGAUUAUGAAGGAUGUGGAAAGAUAUUUAAACGUUCUGAACAUUUAAAAAGACAUAUUACAUCUAUUCAUACUAAAAUCAAAGGUAAAUAUCUAUAGAUAAAAAAGAAG